AUGCGUUCGCACCUCCGUCUCCAACUCCCCUCUUUCUCAGACUUGAACCUCGACUUCAGCUCCUCCUCCUCCUCCUCCUCUUCCGCCCUCUUUGCCCUCUCCAUCCCUGCCCUCUCCCGCUGCUCCUCCACUUCUUCCUCUUCCUCUUCCUCCUCCUCUGCACCUCUCACCUGCCCCCCUACACCCAUAGUCUCCCAAAUCCUCUCUUCAUGGCACAAAUACGAAUGGAACAACAGCAGUGACGCUCUGACUUCAUGGCUCAACGCUCGAUGGAAGAAGUCAGGAUAUGCGAUCGAUGCCCGCACCGUAAACUUCCUCAUCAAAUUGCAUGGUUGUACUGAGGCUCAGAUGGGGUUGGGUGAUGGUCUGGAUGCCUUUAUGCCUUACAAUGUUGGUUUCUUACUCUUUGUUGCACUCAAUUGGAUUCAUGAUCCGUGA